UAAGAAGGCGCGAGAGGCGGUGGAGGUCCUCAGUAACAAGCUGGAGAACCGUACAGAGACGGGCUUUAGACAGCGGCUCAAGUGGCGACUGUCCAACGUGGCCGACUUGUGUACCACCGCGUGUCUCUAGCUGUCUUCCCUCAGCCUCCUCACCAUCAGGAUUUCACCCGUUGCCGCCACUUCCACCAACACCUCUGGCACCAAGAUGGCUUCCUUCUGCUGCCGCGCUACCACCCUCGUCCUCGUCUGUUCUUGCCUCCUGCUCCUCCUGCAGGAGGCGAGCGGCGCCCCCCGCUGCGAUAAGCACGACCAGGAGGCGCCCAAGAACUGCAGGUACGGGACAACCCUGGACUGGUGCAAGAACGGCGUGUGUGCCAAGGGUCCCGGCGAGACCUGCGGUGGGUACAGGUGGUCUGAGGGCAAGUGUGGCGAGGGAACCUUCUGCUCCUGCGGGAUCUGUGGAGGAUGCUCGCCCUUCGACGGGAAAUGUGGCCCUACCUCCAUCUGCUAGUCCACCCAUCGCCACGCCCCGCCCGCCCCACCGCCCCUCCUCCAUCUCCUCCACAGGCCGCCCCGAAGGAAUACAUCAGAGGACUUUAAUUGCAGUUCAUGGUAUUGGGUCUCCUAGUCAGAGUCACGUCACAAAGUCACCACGGGGAAUAUUCAGUCUUGCCAGUCCUUCGUCACAUCUUGGUGGUGCAGGGUGUUACCAAUUCUAACCUCCAUCUCUCUUUCCUCACCAUUCGUAACCCAGACACUGUUACGAUACAUGUAUUUUGCAUUACUGUCUAACACUACUCACCGCUCACCCCCCGGCAGCGUCCACGCGCGGCGCCUGGGUGCUCCUCUCUGCGGCUGUCGCGUGGUGACCGCCAGGGUCACCGCCGCCGCCGCCGCCAAGUCAUGAUAGAUUCCUUUAUUAUAUCCUCAUAUACUCGCCCCUCUAACGCUAGUACGUAUAUGCUUGUGAUAGUCCAGUACAAAAUAUUGUUAAUCUUGAGGCAGCGAGCUAGUGAGGCGCCGGAGCGGGAGGAGGUUGGUGGCAGCGCCCAGUCAUCCUUGCCAGGCGGCGCCACCACGCCUUCCUCCCGGGCACCAUUCUUUGUUGCCAACCCUUCGGCGGGAAGAUGGCGGGCCGGGAGGUGGUGUUCAGCGUUCUGGGAGGCUCACCUGUUUGUGCUAAAUUUCACGCAGUCACGAUUUUCCAGACAAGUAUUGUUCUCAUGACGUGUUUGUUGCCACCUGUCUGUAUCUGAAGCAUUCACUCCACUGAUUGCAGACAGUGGGAUUAUUGUUUUGUAGUAAUGCUUGUUGAUCGGCUUGCAUAUCCGUGGCUGCGCGUCACACCUGAGCACACACCUGCCCGGCUCCACCUACACCAUCACGCGCUCAGUGCAAUUGUCGGGUAGUAAGAGUAAGAAGCCUGUGUUCAUGGUAGGUUUUAUUAUCUAUUGGUGUAAGUUUGACCUAAGAUACCUGUCAGCUCGGAGAUAAACUACUACUCUGUAUGAGAGACUAAGUUUCCACCUGCGUGUUCUGUCUGAGGGCACCGGGGCAGCACACCUCACCUCACCUCACUUCAUCUGUCCCCUGCCAAAUCAACACCUGAAGCAAUGCCCAGCAAUAAAAGAUUACUGUAACCGUUAGUCAAGGUGGGAGACAGGUGACAGAUGAGCCCCUUGCGGUACCUGUGAAUGUAGGCGGUACUUGGCUCACCUGUAGGGAGCACACGGGGCCCCCUGGCCGUACCUCCCCUUUUAUAAGGAGGAACUUACAAAAUGGUGCAAUAAAAAGGAAACAGAAGGCA